GAUGCACAACGGACGGAGUGGCCCGAGUGGAAGAGGCGAAUUGUUUUGGGUUCCCGGUUAUAUCUACACUUUAGUUUAACCAGCCUGGGCAGCUGAGCCGAUGCAAUUCCUUUGUUCUCAGUAUCUACGAAUCCAAGGAUGGACGAUUGAAAGAAUGGUUUGUUAGUGCAGACAUACUCUAGACCAGAAGCCGCCGAACCGGGAUGGAGACGCUGUCAAAAACACCCGCCGGGGAGGCGCAUCACAACAAGGAAUGGUGGCCGGCGCUGCCCACUGGCCUCAUGUGUGUCAGUCCGUCGCUGUCGUCUUAUAAAGACUACCCUGCUCACCAGCCCUUCAUCAAGACCCCCCCCCUCCACAGACCACCACCAUGCAUGAGGCAGGCUCCUCCGCCCACCUCGCCUGCCAAGUCGUUCCCAGAGUCCCACAGUGCAGAAAUCAUCUCCGCCCUGAGGAACCUCCAGGAGAAGAUCAGACGGCUGGAGGUGGAGAAGAGAGGAGCGGACCUGGGCCUCCGGGCGGAGCAGCCCUCCACCCGACCACUGGUCACCUCCACCCAGAGACCAGUGGACCUGGGCCUGCAGGCGGAGCAGCACUCCACCCGACCACUGGUCACCUCCACCCAGAGACCAGUGGACCCCGGUCUGCAGGCGCUGGGGAGAGACGCACCAGCUACCAACGUCAGCUCCACCCGGAGAGAGGCGGAGCCACGGUCUGAGGUCAGCUCCACCCGGAGAGAGGCGGAGCCACGGUCUGAGGUCACCUCCACCCGGAGAGAGGCGGAGCCACGGUCUGAGGUCACCUCCACCCGGAGAGAGGCGGAGCCACGGUCUGAGGUCACCUCCACCCGGAGAGAGGCGGAGCCACGGUCUGAGGUCACCUCCACCCGGAGAGAGGCGGAGCCACGGUCUGAGGUCACCUCCACCCGACGACAGGCGGAGCCACGGUCUGAGGUCACCUCCACCCGACGACAGGCGGAGCCACGGUCUGAGGUCACCUCCACCCGACGACAGGCGGAGCCACGGUCUGAGGUCACCUCCACCCGACGACAGGCGGAGCCACGGUCUGAGGUCACCUCCACCCGACGACAGGCGGAGCCAAGGUCUGAGGUCAGCUGCACCCGACGACAGGCGGAGCCACGGUCUGAGUUCACCUCCACCCGACGACAGGCGGAGCAGCCCUCUGACGUCACCUCCACCCGGAGGGAGAUGCGAAGCGAAGGGGCCAGCGAUCGACCCCAAUGCAACCAAGUGCUGCUCACCCAGCUGGCUGCUGCCGAGGCCCGCUGCCAGCAGCUGGAGAGACAGCUGGAGCUCAUGAGACGCACGGUCCGCCUCGCCCAGCAGGACCGCACCAGCCUCCUCCAGCAGCAGGUCUCCAUGGCAACAGACCCGUCAGGUGACCCAGCCUCCGGACCUGAGCAUGCCCACUGGGAGAAGCUGGAGCGACUGGAGAGGGAGUACAUCAGGAUGACGCUCGCUCAGAACCAGGCAGAGAAGAAGAUCCGUGAGCUGGAGGAGAAGCUGGAGGAAGAGGAACGCCAGAGGAAGCUGGUCCAAGAGAAGGCUGACCUGCUUCAGACGGGCCUGGAGGCCAAUCGGCUCCUCCUCCAGGCGGUCUCUCCCCGCCCCAGGAGGAGGUCCAGAGGCAGGGUGCCCCCGGCCAGAAGGAGGAGCAGGGAGCCUCAGAGCCCUCAGCAGCAGAAGGCCUCCAGCAACCAGCCUCACCACAGCCUCCGCCCGGGAGUGGUGCCCUUUGUGGCCGGGAUGGCGGUGGGCUGCAGCCACUCUGUGCGGGCUAACGUCCAGGCCGUACUGUCCCUCCUGAAGCACCACCCGCGGUCACACCCCCCCUCGGCGGAGAGACCCCCGGCCCCCCGCGCCGCCUGCUCCUCCCCCUCCCCCUCCUCCUCAGAGCCACCGAGUGAGGUGGAGCUGAAGGAGAUCCUGAGCUCACUACAGGAGGAGCUCCGCCUCAUGGGCCUGGAGCAGGCUGCGUUGGUGCGGAGGGUCCAGGCCGGGGGGGCGGAGCGGGGAGACGUGCUGCGGGACCAGGAGAGGCUACUGCUGAGGAUGGAGAGGAAGGGGGAGCACAUCGCCCAGCUGCACAGACACACACAGCAGAUCAAGAAGCUGCGCCGUGUCGGCAGCGGGAAGGCCGAGCAGAACGGGCGGAGGGGGGCGGCGGGGACCGCAGUGGCCACUAGGGGUCGCAGUUUCGGAGCGUGCGAGCGCAUCAAUGCCAACCUGAAGCUGCUCAAAGACAUGAGGGCCCUGCAGAAGUCUCUACGGACAUGAGGGCCCUUCUGAGGGCCCUGCAGAAGUCUCUACGGACAUGAGGGCGGGCCGCACGCCGAACACCUGCUCUACCACAUGAACCACCUACCUGCAGAUUUCUAAUAAUUACAUUUUAUAAUCGACUAUGAUCCACUGAACAAGCUCGAAGAAGAAUGAGUAUUGACCAGUGACAAGACUUUGGUUUAUCAGCAUCUUUAUUUUCCCUUAAAUAUAGGAGCAGUCAUUGACUAUCAAUAGUUCAGCAAUUUACCUGUUUACUUUACUUUUACAUUUCAAUGAUGAUGUAAUUCUAUUUUUUAACAGUAGAUGGUAGUGUGUUUUCCUACUGAAGGGAUUGAUAAUUGAUCUGAGCUUGCUUUCAUUUCUGACUUCUCUUUUCAUUUCUGACUUCUAUUCCAAUUUGAAUAGUAUAUUUAUUUUAGGAUACGCAUACUUCUGUACAAAUGCUGUGUCCAUUAUGUCCCCAUGUCAACUAAUUUGUCUAAUGCACAACCGCUAAAUAAGUCAUAGUGGCUACUAUUGUAGCUCUGCAUCGACAAGGUGAUGCAAGAUUUAUAUCAUUUGAUUUUGACGAUGGUAACAUUAAUUUCAGUGUAUUUACUAUUAUACACUGAAACGGGUUCCGUAUGAAAAAUAAAAACAAUUGAUCACCUUC